GCUGUAGCUGAUGCGCAUGCAAUGACGCACUUGAAGACCCUGGACGCGUUGAGGCGACGUGCGGAUGCUGAAGGGGAGACCCUGCUGCUAUUCCACUUCUUGGCGUGGCUUCGCAGUUUGCUUCACUGCAAGGUGGAGAAAGCCCGGAAGGAGAAGGCGAUGACUUCUGCAUUUGGCCAGCUCAUGCUCGAUGACGAGAUGAUGAGGUCCCGCUGUUUUAGCGAGUGGCGACAGGCUGUCCAUGACAGCCAUCGUGAGGCCGUGAAGGCCGCCAUGGAGCGCGAGGCCGAAGAUCGGAUGCGGGAAGCCCAAGAGCAGAAACUGCAAGUGAUGAGGCAAGCAUUCCGAAGUUCAGACGAGGCUGGAUUGGCGGUU